AUGCGAUUCCUUGUUGUCUUCGCCGUCGCCGGCGUUCUCGCCAAUUCCGAUGAGUCGACGACGCCGACGUUCGACGUGCCCCAACUCGACGACGCGCCAAAACUCGGCGAGUUCGAGAAGCACUCGAUCACCCAUGCUUAUGCGAUUGACAUCGCCGAUGCGAUGAGCAUCAGCCAGAUGAAUUGCCUCAAAUUCGAGGGCUAUCGCACGAUUUUCGUUCGCGCAUUUUUCAACAAUUCGUUCGAUCCAAAUUGCGUCCAAAACAUCCUGAAUGCGCAUAAAGCUGGUCUGGGAAUUGAGAUCUACAUUCGUCCCAACGUCACCGCGGGAAUCAAAGCAUUCGAGCAGGUGGACUCGGUGGUCGGCGAGCUCAAAAAGCAUAGCAUCGACAUUCGAUCGAUUUGGAUUCAGGUGACUUCACCAAUCGAAUGGUCUCAAAGCGAAUUGCAUCGGCUAAUGUUCAUCGCGAAUAUGAUCGAGCGAAUCAGGCACCAUGGCCUCAACGUCGGCGUCUACACGAGCAAUUACGAUUGGAGGCUGAUCACCGGCGAUUGGAUGAAAGCCGGCGAUGAGGUGAUGCUCUGGUAUUGGCACGUGAUCGCCACAGGUGUCGACGGCGAGACGACGCCGACGUUCGACGACUUCCGUCCGUUCGGCGGCUGGCAGAAGCCGGCCGUCAAGCAAUUCGGACAAUUUGAGAAGGUCUGCAAUGUCGCGGCCAAUCGAAAUGUCUAUCCAAGCAAACCCAUCAAAAUGGAGGUUUUGUCGAAAUCGCCGAGUCUCGGCAAAAUCAGAGUCGGCUCGAUUGGACUUUUAUAA